GACCAGUGUCAGCUGUUACUUCUGUUGGACGGGAAUUUGGGGUUAUAUUUAUCUGAAAAUCCUUCAAAGUGGUUUCACCAAACACUUACAUUUAAAUUAAUAAACUUUGGACCUUCUGGAAAAAUACAUUAGAUAAAUAGAUAUUUAGAUGAGGUUUCAUAUAGAAAUAUUUCAUUUGUGUAACUUGAUUCACAUAUAUAAUUUUACUCUUGAAAAUCAGCUAUAAGAUAUAUGUACCUACCGCAAAGUACUCAAAUUUCGGUGCGUUUUGUUUUUUGUUUAGACGUUCAUACAUCCAGCGACUCUUGUAAAGAUGUCUGAUAUUGGAGGGGUAAAUUCAACUAUGUGGAGUACUACAUAUUUAUCUUUCAAAACUAAGCACGAUCUUGUUUAUAAGGCUCUCGAGGAUGCCAUCAAUUUUGAAGAACAAAAUAAACUUGACAAGGCACUAAAAAAAUAUGAAGAAGGGAUUCUAUUGAUUGAUGAUGUGUUGAGCAUUCCUUUGCAAAAUCCCGAAAAUUCAGAUGCAACUUGGGAAAAAGUAUGCGCUAUGGUACAGAAAAUUAAGAGAUUGCGUGCUGAAAUGUUGACUCGAUUUAAUGACAUUAAGACACAGGAUGAUAUAGAACCGCCUCCAACCUAUGAUGAAGCUAUGAGUUCACUCAACACUUCAGGUGAUGAAGACUAUGAAGGCGAAGGGCUUACUUAUACCGAAUUAGCAGCCGCUCUUAAUGGUCUUAGUGUAGAGCCGAAUCCACAUUUACAUGAAGAAUUAGUGUACAGUCAUCCGGGAGUUCGAUUAUACUUUAUUUCUCCUCGUGGUGAAGUUGUAUCCACCUGUAAGCCACAACUGAUGAAGAUCUAUCUACUAGAAGGAACCUCGGGGAGCUCGAAUACUCCGAAAGCUAUUUUGCAAAUUGGGGACUGGAUUUAUCCUUUGGUACCAGGUGCAUCGCCGUGUUACAAAACAGAUUACGGCGCAUUUAUUAUACCUGAUAUACAUUCAGAUGUUCCCGGAUCGUCAGUUGGUAUAAUUUUGCCUUCUGAUGCUGCUGCUGAUGUGUUUGACUUGCUUGAAAGUAUUCUUCAUGGAAUCAUUACUCAAGAAACCGAGCAGGCUCUUUUUGAAGAGAAAUUAAGAAGAGCUGACAUAGAUCAUUCAAGUACUCGUGUAUCACGUGCACUAGUUAAUGGUUCUUGGGCGGUUUCACAGGAAAUUAUUAAAGGAGCCCAUAAAAUAGGAGAUUUUUUAAAUUGGGGGACACCCAAAAUAAUUGAUAACAUGACUCCAGCCGCACAGCCCACUGUAGUACCCAACUCUUUACAAAAAGGCGUCCAGAUUGCUGAAACAGCUACUUCUAAGGCUGUACAAGUAACAGGCUUUGUUGCCAAUAAAGUGGGCGAAGGGACAAUGCGUUUGGGUCAAUUUCUAGCGCCACACAUUCAGAAGCAUGGCGCAAAACUACUGUCGUCUGGGUUUAAAAUGUCCGAAGAGAAAGCAUCUGAAAAAAUGCAAAAUGCACUAACAAUAGCUGCAGGUGCUGUAGAAGGUUUUGCUACUAUAUACAGGGGAUUAAAAACAUCAUCUUCCGUCUUGGGUACCGCUCUAAAGCAAAAUACUGUUAAAGUAGUGGAUCACAAAUGGGGACCACAAUGUGCUUCCACUGCUGAAUGCUCUCUUAGUACUGUUGGUAAUGUCUACAACACUUAUGGAAAUGCGCAAAUUUUACGCCCGAAAGUUCUUCUGAAGAAUACAGCAAAAGGAGCAGGAAAACAAAUGGUUAUGGUACACUCUGUAUCACGUGAAGCGAAUGGUGAGUUACUAAUGAUGCUGGAACCGGGGUCAUCAAGCAUCAGACCAAAACCACCUCCAAGAAAAAGAGAUUAUGCUGAAUUGUCCAGCGAAAGUGAUAACGCGACUGAUGAGAAAGAAAAGCAAAAAUGAGAUUUUUUACUCGAAUCGCAUAGCCUAUUUAGGAAGGUACCUGGGUUUUAUAUAUUUUUAAUCAACUUACCAAUAUUUAAAUUAUAGAAGUCAACUAAAUUCAAUUUAGUGUCUCAUAAACUCAUGUUCAAUUUGCUAUAGUUGUUAAUUUCUAAGCUUUCAAUGUGCUAUUUGAAUACGGCAAAAUACAGUUUAAUGGUAAGUGUGUAACUUCACAUUUUUAAAUGCUCAUAACUUCAGAAAAAUGAGGAAUUGGACAUAUCUUUCAACAACGUAUUUUUAUAACUAAGGUCUUGGUAAUAGGUGUUCUUUCAAUGGAGGACCUCACACUUUGAAAAGACUUACUUCUUCUAAAAUAACAAAUAGAUUGUUUUGAAAAAUUUUAAGUUUUCUUGCAAUUUAUAGCAGUUUUUUCUACAAAAUUGUGUAGCGAACGUCCAGCUUUGAUCAUUAAUUAUCCGACUUUAAAAAUGCUCGAUGAGGUUUAUCUUCGAAUAACUUCGGAGAUCCUGUUAUAAAACGUUAAAUGUUAUGUAGUGGGUUUGAUUCAGUGAGGCAAGUGAAAAAACACAUUUUUAUCUGUCGCAACUUGUCUUGAAGUUUUCGCAAUCUCACCGUCAAUCAGCACCAUUUGAUUAUAGCAAUACAAGGAUUGAUCUGAAAUAUUUUUAUCGAUUUAAGGUACUUUUUGCUCUCUGUUCCGCUUGUAGCCUAACAAAAGGUUACUGAUACAAUUCGCCUAAAAGACAGCUUUUUAUACUCAUGUGAAUAGUAGAUAUUUACUUUUUAAGCAUUUUAUUUUAAUUUUAAUGCUUCUCUCGUUUGACUGAUUUUAAGAAAGUAAUUAAUUUAUGGGUUGAUUGAAAUAGGGUUUUGUGAUUUAUAUUUAAAUAUUAGUCAUUGUUGCUUUGUUACGGAAAUUCAAUAUGCAUUUAAAAGCGUUUUUCGAAUAGGAAACAUCGCAUCUUUUAAAACCAAAUGAUAUGUUUUAAGACGAUUUACAAUCUAUAUAUUCAGCUCUCUCUGAUGUUAAGUAAAGGCCUGAGCAAGCAAAUUCUAGGUAAAAGGUAUACUGACAAAUAAUAAUAAAGUUUAUAGGUGUU